AUGGAUAGUGGGUGGCAAAGGAAUGUGUUAGAAAAUGGUGACAAGGAGGAUACAUUUGGAGAUGGUGAUGAGCUAAGAGUGGGGACGGUGGUAGAGAAUGAAAAUGAAGCUUACGAGUUAUACAACACAUAUGCUUUCAAGAAAGGGUUUAGUAUCCGGAAAGGGAAGGUCAGAAGGGAUGCACAGAAUAAGCUACGCCAGCGGGACUACUUUUGUUCAAAAGAAGGGUUUCCAUUAGAUGAGGAGGUGGGGGAAGCGAAAAAAGUGAGGAGAUUGGACACGAGAACCGGUUGUAAGGCGAUGGUUCGGUUCAAUGUUGAAGAUGGGAAAUGGAGGAUUGUGCAGUUCAAUCCGGUUCAUAACCACGAGUUUGCUAAGCCAGAAGAGAGGCAGUUUCUAAGAUCAAGUCGGCAUAUAUCAACUGUUCGUGCAGCUAUCAUUGGUUAUAACUCUUCUAAGGUUGAUGCGAGUGUAAGACCAACCAAAACACUCUCGUACUUGGAGAAAGAAAUGAGCAGUACUGAUAAUGCAGGGUUUGGGUUCACUGAAAAAGGUGUCCAUGAUUGUUUGCACAGGUUGAAGGAAAACAUGAUCGGAGGAGCGGAUGGACAAAGUUUACUUGAUUAUUUGAAGCAUCAGCAACUGGAGGAUUCGAGUUUCUUUUACAGUGUGAAAGUGGAUCAAUAUAACCGUGUCACUAAUUUUUUCUGGAGAGACAGUAGAUCAAGGCUUGACUAUGAUUGCUUUGGAGAUGUUGUACUCUUUGACACCACAUUCCGAACUAAGAAAUACAAUCUAGUUUGUGCUCCAUUCGUGGGGGUUGAUCAUCACUGGAAGAAUGUCCUAUUUGGUUGUGCUUUUCUAUUGGAUGAGAGCACUGAUUCAUUCACUUGGUUGUUUGAAAAUUUUCUGGAAUCUAUGGGAGAUAAACGACCAAAAACCAUUUUUACAGAUGAGGAUAAUGCCAUGGCAAAAGCGAUUGAGGUUAUACUUCCAGGGACACAUCAUCGACUAUGCACAUGGAACAUCUCUAAGAAUGCUUCACAAUAUCUUGCUAGUCACCUUGCUAAUCCUGAGUUCAAGGAGUGCUUCAACAAAUGUUUUCAUGAGUGUGUCGCCGAAGCAGAAUUUGAAGCUACGUGGGAUGAUAUGGUUAAAAAGUUCAACCUUGAGAAUGAUUUGUGGCUGAAAAAGUUAUAUUUACUUAGACAGAAAUGGUCUCCAGCUUUUAGCCCAGACACUUUCACAGCCAAUAUCGGAUGUGACCAGAGGGGUGAGAACAUUGAUACUACUUUCCAUCAAAUUUCUACAACAACAAUGGAUCUCAUUGGGUUGGCACAGCAUUAUGAGAAAAAAACAAAAGUUUUAAGAUUAGCGCAGGCGGAAGAGGAUUUUCGUUGUAAAAAUGGUAUGCCUCGUCUUAGAGUGAACACGGGUAUCUUUAAGCAUGCAGCUGCAGAGUAUACUAUUAAACUGUAUUCAUUCUUUGAAAAUGAGAUUUUAAGUACCUUUGGGGUGAGGAUGAUGGAAGUUGGUAAUGAUGGCUACCAAUAUGUAUAUGAAGCAGUUGAAGAAGGUCAUCAAAGAGUCUACAUAAUUCAAUACAACUCCACUACUUCGACGAUUUGUUGUUCUUGUAAGUUGUUUGAAUCCAUGGGAGUGCUUUGUCGUCAUGCCCUGAAAGUAUUGGAUCUUAAGAACAUCACGAGCAUACCAGCCCAAUACAUAGUGAAGAGAUGGACUCGAGGGGCGAAAAAUCAGAAUGUGAUGAGUAGUGGUUUAUGUGAGCCUUCGUGUGAAAGGGCAAACUCUGCCCAGUCUCUGCGCCUGAGUGAGCUGAUGCAAGAAGGGAACAAUGUUUUCAGUAUAGGCUCAUUGUGUGAUUCUGGAACAAGAAUUGUCAAGCAAAAGUUGGUGGAGGCCAUAAAGUUACUUGAAACUGAUAAGGAAACUACAUCCAUGCUAGGAACUUCGAACAAGUAG